AGAAACGGAUCUGUGACCGCCAUGGGUAAAUGAAUCCUCUGCAAUAUGUAAUUUGGAUAAAAGUACCUUGUGCUGAUAACUAAUGUGGAAACCGAAUAUUUUCAGAUUUACCAAUAUCUACAGUAAAUAAUUAUUGCGACAAGAGAACACCAUUACAGUUUUUGAAAGAAAAAACUAUAGUCUGCAAUGUUGUGAUUAAGGAUUUAGAAAUGUUUCAUAUCUUGAAAAAUGUAGAGGAGUCCAGUAUCAUCAGUGUAACAAAUACAUCUGCUAACAGCUCUAUAUUGAAUUGUACAAGUGUACACUGCACUAACUGGACCGUAUUGUUCUGCGACUCGGCCGCGUGCGCUCCUUACAACAAGACAGUCCACGAGCCCGCGUGCACCGACAACAUCGUAUGCACGAAUUUGGCACGAAAAGUAGAAUACGUCUUCUAUUAUUACGAGUCGAAAAUCAUAAACGCUACUGUUAAUUUAUACACAGAAAAAGUCUCUCCUAUGGUGCCCUUCUUAGUACAAGACAUUAGAGUAAGGUUUUUUAUACUAUCUAGUAAUAAUACGGAAGAGAAAAUAGUGCGGUUGAGUGGAAACCCCGGCUACCUCAGCGGCUUGCCGGUGAUCGCUUCAUACGAGAGUAGCAACUACACUCAACUAUUUUUUAGUAAUGAGUCACAAUGUAACAAUAAUUUAAUCUAUCCAGAAAAUAAGAAUGGCAUUUGUACACUAUCCAACACCACAAGCAAAGUUUUAAAAUUCGGUUCUAACUUAAAAAGCAAAUGUCGCUAUAUACACAAGCAAAUAUCAGUCGAGAAUGGAACUUCUCUCUGUGAAAGUAUUCAGAACAACAUAAAAGAGUUAUUGGGCUUAACAAAGAAUACAGUAAUAUCUCCUCUGGGUAACCCUUACGAAUUAAAGGACGAACACUGGAUAAAAUUUGAUUACGAUAUGUCACAUCUAAUGCCGACUUACGGUCACAACGAGAGUUCUGUAAUUAAUUGCUACAAUAUAAUAACGAAAUUGUCACUUCUUUUUGGAUAUGCUGAUGUUAGCGAUGUGGACACUAUAGGGAAGAUCAAGAUCUUAAUAGCUAGAGGUGUCGUGUCAUCGCGCAACGUGACCGUGUCUGCGGAGGAGCCCGCGGUGGUGAUCACCGUCGAGUCCACGUUCGUCGACGUCACUCGGCCCCCGGCCUAUGAAUACGCUGGAAGUCCACAAUUAAACAUUCAUUUACCUAAAGAUUUCUUCUUCCCUUUUCCAUCUAACAAGUGUAACAGUAACUAUGUAUUUAACUUAGCGUCGCUACUAUUGAUUUGUAUUGUUAUAAUAUUUAUUCCAAAAUAAAAAAGCGUGUGGUAAUAA